AUGUCGAAGUAUCCUCGUCCACCUACAUUUGGGACCCCUUUCAACCCUAACGUCCACAUGGAACCUCCAGUUGGCAGCUACGAUAAUGGUCUACCUCAAUACCCGUAUCCAUAUCAAAAUGCUUCGUCUCUGUAUGGCCAAGGCCAAAUGAAUGGUAUGCCUAUAGUACCACAUACAAAUGCGAAUACCCAUUCCUUUCGUUCAAAUGCUCAAGGUGUGACAACACCCAGCUCUGGGAACGAAAUCUAUGGAGCCCCAUACCCACCUCAUGGUGGGCAAAUCCAAUACAGUGCCUUUCAAUCUCCAGCAUUCCCUCCAACGCCGUCUGCGCAUGGUGGGCCUUCUUACGAAGCUCAACACUUUACUCAACCUUCCACAAGUUCAAAUCUUCCUUCAAAUCCUGGUACUGUCUUCUCAAAUCUUCAGGCUGCCGCGGAGGUCCAAAGCACGAACAUUAGGGACUCAGAUACGGUUCCACCUGCAUUGUCCGAACUAGAAGACGGCGAACUUGACGACGGAGAAAUCGAGAAGUCAACCCGUCAUUCAAGAGCGAGUACGGCGACCUUUUCAGGAAUGGCGCAACACAAGCGACAUGAGGACGAAGACCCUGCAGACAGAGAAUCCGGUCACCGUGUUGCAAACGCUCCAAAUAAACCGCUUCCUGGGCUCAUUCGAGACUCGCUUGCUGCGCCUAACUCCCCGGGCUCCACUGCAUCGCAACCUCGCCCAUAUCCCAUGCGGAACGGCUUCAUCGAUCAUCUAGAUGAUCCUCUGUUUUCGCGGACGGCAGAGAACACAUCAGCCCAGCCUCAGCUGUCAAUGGAUACCGUUGCACAAGGAUCUAAGGAAGCAAGUCUGCGAUUGGUAGAUCAAAAGAUGGACGAAGCCAAACAAGCAUUACGAGACUUGCAUUCGGAAGGGUUUGACUUCAACCGAAUUGUCAAUGCGGGCUUGAAUCCUGAUAUACUCCGGAAACUCUACACCAAUAUCGGGCUAUCAGUCACAGCUUCUUCAAAUCUACUGCAACAGAAAAUCGUGAAACCACGAGUUGGCGCUAGAGACGUGCCGACUGAAAGCACACCAGGUGAGGCAAUUGUGGGCAUUCACGACCAACAUCCCAAACCGCCACAGAGAGGCUCAAAUGACAGCGUCCUUGGCGAUGACACGUUUCCACAUCUGGUAAACGAGGAAGGCAAGAUCAACAGCCAACCGACUGUUGCAGCGAACAAGAACGAGGAGAAGUCAGUGCAGAGUCAAGCCAGCUCAGCGAAACUAUCGAAAUCCUCGAGUUUGAAUCCAUUAGGUAAAGCUACCGGGAUCAAAGCUGGCGAGACAAAAAUACUCGAUCGCAAAGAAUAUAUUGCCCGAAUGCUAGCAGCUAAGGCUGGCAAGCCCACCGUCAGCGCCACUACCCCUGUGUCCCCUAAGUUAUCCACUAUCACAGACUCGGGAACAUCUGCUCAAGUCCAGUCGUCAGACGCUGCCUCAGCGAUUAUUCCGGCUACCGCUCAGCAAGCACCAAGUGAAUCGGUCGAUACCGCACAGGGAAUUCAAAAUGAAGAUUCGGAUGUAGAAGCGAAACGAAAAGCUCAGACAGAUCUAGCACGUCAGAAGAUUGAGGCACUAAAACUUCGUGAGAGCAUUCAACAACAGGCUCGAUCAACAACCAGCAGUGAUGCAAUGAGACACAGUCAGCAACCUCCCGCCAAAGGUGUUCCAAACAUCCCAGCUGAAAGCUCUAUUCCAACAUCUCGACCUGUACCCAGUCGCCAAAGCUCUUACUUUUCGCCAGCAAGCCAGAAGCCCCCUUUUAGCAUCCCCGGACUGUUUAUGACAUCAGAUGCUCCGGAACCUGUAAACCCUUCGCAACCACUCGCGAACGAGGGCUUCGCAUUCUCACCGCAGACAGUCGGUUUAGCCACCUUCGCUGCGUCAAAGCAAGGCCUUCGUCCACACGCUGCGGUCUCGGCUCAGUCUCCAACUACAGAUGAGACACCGCGCUUACCCGAAACUUCCUUCGAUCUGAAUUCUGCUUUACCAGCCACCAUCGCAACAACAGUUUCACCCAACCGAAAGCGCCAGAAAGCUUCUGACUUCAUCGAUUCACCUUCCACCAGGGUAAAGAGACCACUGGGGCAGCAAGAGGAUACCAGUGUCAUUAUAGACAUUAGCGACGAUGAGGUCAGCAAUAACACCUCGGGAGAUGAAUCCUUAGACACAGACAUUGCCGGUCGUCGAGAUUCUCUAUCAAGAAAUUCUCAAGUCAUUGCUCCAGGCAAUGGCAAUGAGAGACUGGUCAAGAGCCUGCCUCCGCUGACUGAUUUUCCGCCACGCAAGAAAACAGUUAUUAUGACGCCUCCUGCUGCGCAAGUCUCGGGGCAAAGUGGCGAUCUGAAAGGUCUAAAAUCGAAGGAGAUGGAAAUCGAAGUCAUGAAUCGCAAAAUUGCUGAGCUCGAGCAGCGUAUCGCUAUUAAGGCAAAGCAAACUACAAGCCGCACUCACAGUCCUGGAAAUUGCAGUCGCGUGACAACUUCACCACCUCCAGGUGAAGCUCCACAUCAGAGCAACGGCACACCGAAUACGCCCUCGAGCAUCUCAGACUCACGGAAUGGCGAUAUCGCACGUGUCAAGAACGGAGAAUCGUUCGCUACUCUCGCUGAAGGAAAUGAUUCCACAGCAGAAGAGCAGCUCAAUGCAGAGCAACAGUUAGAGGAAGUCGAACUAGCAAAGGCCGAGGCUGAGCGUUCCUUGGCCGCGGAGAUUUCUCGAGCCUCGGCAGCGGACCAAUCGCUUACGCAGAUUGAGAGAAUGCAAAUUCCACAAGCAGAGGAGCAGUCGAAUCUGCGGGGAGAGGAGCAGCGACUCAAAGACGAAAAGCAGAAGCGGCUUCAGGAUGAGGAACAGCGACGUCUGGAAGAAAGCCAGAGUCAGCAAGCGCGCGAACAAGACAACAAGAAUCUACGACAACAAGAGGUAGACCACCAUCUUCAGGAGCAAGAACAGAGGCGGGCGCAAGAGGCACGACAGAAGCACUUGCAAGAGCGAGAACGGAAAACAUCCCUCAGCAACCAACGGCAGGCUCGAAAGACCGAAAUAGAGUCUGGAUUGCCACUCCUCGAUGCCGAAGUAGAGAGGACAAGAAUAAGGCUUGAGUCCUUACGACAAGAAAUAGUAGGUCUAGAAACUGAACUCCAGAAAGGCAUCGAAGGCAGGCAAGUUCUGAUUGAAGAGCUUAACAACUUGUCGCGAUCUGGAGAGGCCCUGCCUAGGCCUAUGGAUCUCGAUUCUUGUGACGUGGGGGACAUACCAAAUCAAUCAACAAGCAUCCAAGAAAUACCAGCUUUGACGAAACCCGCAGCGUCAAUUGAGACAGUCCCCGACUUGGAUUCAAUACAACUUUCGGGCACUGCCGGGGCCGGGAACGGUAGGGUGGUGCAAGACAAGUCGUCAACGCGAACGGCAGACAUUCGGAUGUCAGAUGGAGAACUCGAGGAAGACAUCAUGGAAAUGUCCCGUAGCGAUGUCGACGAAGCCGAGCCCUCUUUUCACAGCCCGAAGCCCUUAACUGAGGUUCAGGACACUUCUGGUUCUAUCGACGACGACGAGACUUAUGAGCCGCCCAGUGAAAUAAGUAUAACGCAACGACAGGAGCCAGAACCUGAUGCUGUCCUGGACCUCGGAACAGCGAAGACCGAUCGACCAGCCGCAAUGCAUAAUCCGCUUCCUGCUGACCAGGAGGCUGAGCCUAUAGAAAAGCCGAGUUCGGUUGAGCCAUCACCGGCCGCCAAUGCUGGUAUGGCGGGUGACGAGCAAUCACAGCGAUCACUAAAUCGUAGUCAGUCUCUGGCUGAUGCUAGUGACCCCGAUGAUUAUGAACCGCCCGAGCCAGCACCAUUAGGUGAAGAGGUACCGCGGCCUACUGAGAUAUCGAGCGUCGAUUCGGAGAAAUCCUUUUCUCCACCUGAUGUUGAUAGUCAUGAUUUCAUUGCGCCUGCGAGCUUCGACUCAACAUCAGCCGUUCAUCAACAGGUGAGUGUGGAUGCCAUUACAAUCGGAGCUGGGUCUCACAGUGUGCAAAAGCUUGAGUCCAACGGCAAAACGGGACAUUUUACCCCAUAUGAAAGUCCCUUGAAGCAAUUCAAGUCAUUUCGGUAUCAUCCUCAGUAUCUUGAGGAAGUCUCCAAUGGCUUUCGAUCAUUGACUUAUAGUCAUACUAUCAAUCCAGAAAUUCCACUUUGUCGCUAUGAGUUAGACGGCGUAUGCAAUGAUGAUUCUUGCCCGAGUCAGCAUUUGAGGAGCAUUGGUUUGAGUGAUGACAAGAUCCUUGUUGAUUUGGGAGCUAAACCAGACGACGGCUCCUCGCCUGACGAAUUCGGCAAUGGCUUGCGAGAGGUCAUCCACGACAUUCGUUCCAGGAAGAUCAGAGAUUUCAACAUCGUGGCAGGAGAAAUAACCGCAUAUCGUGCCAAGUUCCUCGGAGACCGCUCCAAGGUUUUACCCUUGAUCCUUCGCAUGCAGAUUCAAGCACCCAAUCAAUCAGAACCCGCAUGCACGUGUGCAUAUGGAGGAGGCCCAGGUCUGACUGUAUCUCAUCAUGCUCGGUCGGAAGAGGAAGGUUGUGUGGCGGUAGCUAGCUACGCAUCCAACAUUAACUAUCGAAGUCCCUCUCACAAUCAUCCCGGCCUCGGUGUCUCAAUUCACAAGGUUAACAAGCGAAACAAUGGUUCUUCUCCAUACCCUGGAGCCUUGAACUUCACUCAUGGUGUCGCUUCUGGAGACCCAUUCCCCAACUCGGUCAUCAUUUGGACAAGAUGCGGACCAAUCCAAGAUGAUGUCAACGACAACUCAACUGUCUCGGAUUAUGUACCCUUGUAUAACCCAGUUCCGAUAUACAGCGAAAGCGAGAUUGCUCCUCCAUCCACCGCUCCCGUUUGUGUCAGCUACAAGGUUGCAUCCGAUAAUGCCUUUGCAAAAGUUGUGGAUUCUGGCCUGGCGUAUACUACGUCCGAUGUGGAUUAUACCCUUAAGAUCGAAGCCCAGAAUCUCAGCCCGUACACUCGGUAUUAUUAUCAAUUCAGUGUCUGCAAUUCCAAUGUUACCAGCCCAGUUGGACGUACGAAGACAACACCUGCACCCACUGACCUAGUGACCAAGAUCGGUCUGGCUGUGUACUCAUGCUCGAACUUUCCCUUUGGCUUUUUCAAUGCGUUUGGCAAUCCAGCUCGCAAGGACUCCGUGGACUACGUGAUACAUCUCGGGGACUACAUAUACGAGUACAAGAACGGUGACUACGGCUGGGGACAGAGUAUUGGACGUAUUCCGCUCCCAGAUCGGACGAUCUUCACGCUUUAUGACUACCGGAAGCGAAUAGCUACAUACAGGACCGACCUUGAUCUUCUUCUUAGUCAUCAAGCUUUCCCCUGGAUUCCGGUUUGGGACGAUCAUGAGGUCGCUGACAACACUUACCGCGAUGGCUCUUCAGAGUUGAAUAACACGGAGGCCUCGUUCAUCGGGGAUGGUGGAGUUAGUGUUGACCAGCGAAAGAUGAACGCUGUUCGAGCUUACUUCGAGUGGAUGCCUAUUCGGCAAGUUGAAAUGGACGACAAUUUGCGGAUUUGGAGAAGCUUUUCUAUCGGCACACUGCUUGACCUUAUCAUCCUGGAUACUCGACACUAUGAUCGAUCCAUCACCGAUCUGUACUGGAAUACACAUUACGUCCACCAGAUCUCUGACGACGCAGGCCGCUCGAUGAUGGGCAGUCGCCAGGAAAAUUGGUUCUACAGCCAGCUCAAGUCUUCUGCCCAAAGGGCUGCAACUUGGAGAGUAAUUGGAUCGCAAACCGUUUUCUCCCGGAUCAAUGAAUCCAUUGCAUAUGGAAAUGUAGAUCCACUUGAUUAUGAUGCAUGGGAUGGUUACCAAGCAAAUCGAAACAGAACAUUUCAGACUCUGUACGACAAUAAGAUUGGCAACAACAUCGUCAUCUCUGGCGAUUCUCAUGCGAAUUGGGCCACCGACCUCAUCUGGCUCGAUGAGCACCCGUACAAUCCCACGACAGGGAACGGCAGCAUCGGAGUUGAAUUCGCUGGGACAGCAGUCUCAUCGCCAUCUCCUUAUGGCCAAAACAUUACCCUAGCCGCAGCCAAUAAUGCGAGCAGUUAUCUAGUCCAAUACAACCGCGAGCUGCAAUGGUCGGAGCUUUACUAUCGCGGCUACUUUGAGCUUCAAAUCAGCCACGAGUCGGUGAAGGCAAAUUACUUCGGGAUGCCAACCAUUGUCAACCGAAACCCCGAUGAAAUCAGCCUGGCGAACUUCACAGUGCUGAGUGGGGCCAACGCCUUACAGAGGGAUCCAAGUCCUGGUGGUGGAAUUGUAGAGAAUGGUGCGUUGAAGAUGGGCAAGACCGUGCAGACCAAUUCCACCAACAAUACUGCGACCGGGAUGUAUUACAUCUCCAAUGAUCCGGUAGAAGACUUGUGA